GCCGGGGGUUGUUGCCCAGCCCCGGAGAAGCGGACAUCGGGCCCGGAUGUUCGCAAGAACGAGACGCCGGAAACGCUGCCACGUUGGAAGGGAAAAUAUUGACGGCCGUCAACAAGUUCCUUACGACAUCCCCUUUGGUUAACAAAGUAAAGUUACUGAUGACGAGACAGAGCAGCGGGACGGUAGAGCGCGGCGAGGAGCAAGAAGGGACAAGCGGCUUUUCCCCGAGGACAUCGACGGCAUCGACGAUAACGAUGAUGAUGACGACGACGCCGACAACUCCGACAACGCCGACAACGCCGACAUCGACGACGGCAGUCACGUCGACGGCGCUGCCAUUCGUGCCCACGGAAUCAAAUGCAUCGAUAUCGUCGACGAAGGGUUCGCAGUUUCACCAGCAACGUCGACGGCAAACGCAGGACCACGGUCAGUCCCGAGCGUCGGCCGCGUUUUCGUCGGCAUCUACUUCCGCGGGGACCAGCAAACUCUCGACGAACGUCCUCUUUUCCCUGCCCGCAUCGCCGAAGAGAUCUGCCACUGUCACGUCCAGUAAAACGCCCAAUAUAACCAAGUCACAAAUGAAAGAAUUCAGGGAGGCUUUCAGGCUGUUCGACAAGGACGGCGACGGGAGCAUCACGAAGGAGGAGCUGGGCAGAGUGAUGCGAUCCCUGGGACAGUUCGCGAGAGCGGAGGAGUUACGAACCAUGUUGCAGGAGAUUGACAUCGACGGAGAUGGAAAUGUCAGCUUCGAAGAGUUCGUGGAAAUCGUGAGCAACAUUGGCGCGAACGAAACCGCCCCCACUGAUCAGGAUCAGGAAGAGCAGGAGUUGAGGGACGCGUUUCGGGUGUUCGACAAACACAAUCGCGGUUACAUUACCGCAUCCGAUCUCAGAGCUGUGCUACAAUGUCUCGGAGAGGACCUCUCCGAAGAGGAAAUCGAGGACAUGAUCAAGGAAGUGGAUGUGGACGGGGACGGACGAAUCGAUUUCUACGAAUUUGUUCACGCUCUCGGUGAGCCAGGGAUCGAGGACGACGAGGAAGACGAAGACGAGGAGGUGCUCUCCCCGGGCUACUAGAAUUUUACCUAUUCUCGUCUCUGUGUUAGAUAGAACGAAUUAACGACGAACCACCGGCGAUUGAAGAUCGUGUUCGUCGCGCUAUUUUUCCUCUAACAUUCACCGUCUCGGUUGCAAUUUGUUGCGAACAAAAUCUUUCGCUCGACUUCUAGUCGAAUCGUUACAUUUUUCCAAGAUAUAUCUCUUGAUCGCGUAAAAACGGAACAAAUUGAGAAAAUUCAGAAUUCGCGCUGACGCGGAAGAUGGUUGUGAUUCGAGCCAACAGAGUGUACCACUCUCUGAUACCGCAACGAGGUCACGGUGCAACUUUAAAUCCGAUGCUUUGACCUAAGCGUGACGCUACCUUUGGUCAAUGUCAGAGGAUCGUUUCAACGAGCCCAAAUCGCACCUAACCGUAAGAUCCGUAGGCAAGACGCGACGCCUUGUGUGAUUUUAUGUUACUCGAUCGCAUUUCAACUACACUAUCGAUUCUCUCGAUUACUGGCAUACGAUAAAAAUUUCCAGUCUCUUGCUCGAUGGAGAAGCGUAACUACAACCGAUACGAAAUCCCUCUAACAAAUUUAUUCGUGACAGGAUCGCAUCCCUUCGACUCUCUAAGAUUCUUUAACCAGCAUGAAUCGAAAGCAUAACACUCGUAUCGAUCUCUUUUCGUAAAUGUGCUUUCCACAAAAGUACAACGGAAAGCAACGUUCCGCGUAACAUGAAAUCUCAGCAAGUCUCGCGAAGUCUCGGACGUCUAACUUCCUGCGUUAACUGUGCUGAAAAGUAUCUCCAGUAAAUCUUCCAUGGAACCAGUGCUCGAUGACUUACGUGGUUCUUCCGCAUAAGAAGCGAGAAAUCAGCGAGGGUGGCAGAAGCGGUCCGCGAGUGAAAAGAACCGAAGUUGGUCUCGACGAAACGGAACGUUUAUCGAUUAAUCGAUCGACUCCGAACGAGUAUCGUUUCUCGAUUCACUGCUUCUCGAUCGUCGAGACGUCUUCGUCGUUCGACGAUAUACAUAUAUGUACACGCGACUCGAUCGCAAUCUAUUUCUUCUCGUAAGAUAUGUGGAUUUUUCGAUUUUACUCUUCUCUAAUCUAGAUCGCAUUGUAUUCCACCUAAAGUAACCGUAAGAACAACACGAGCACCUCAGCGAACCGAAAUCGAUCGCAUCGCAACAUCGACGAGGCUGGACUGAAAGCUACCACCAACGCGUCCCCAUCGCGAUACAGGGACGUAACAAAGUUUUUCGACGAUCGACGCACUCACGCUUGUAAUUUCAAAAUCUCUCGAUGGAAUGCGACGCAAACGUCCCUCCCUCGUUGCUCCUGAAAACACAAACGGGGCUUUGAAACCUCGUUCGAGGGAAGCUACAAUGGAAUUUUAAAUUGAUAUCGAUCGCUUUGCUCACCUCGAGCUUCGUACUGUGUACCUUAUUAAACGAUAUUUCACUGUUACGCCAAAUAACAAAAGCCGCACGCUGUUUAAAAUAUUUUAAAGGGUCUAAUAAAUCUAAU